AUGGCACCACCAAAUCAGGAUAGUUAUUCCAGUAAUGAGCAUUUGGAAAGUCUCGGAAAUAGUUUCUAUCUUAAAGACAAUCAAUCGUCACUUAAAUUGAAUCAAAUGUCCCAUCAAAAAGAAAGAGGAAAGCAGCCAUCAUAUCACCAAAAAUCCUCGCGUACACGAUACGUCAUAGUCAACAGCAACCCUGAACAGUCAGCGACAGCAUCAGGCCCUGUUACUUUUGAACUGUUUAAAUAUUUGGGUGGUUUACAUUCUUCAUUGGCCGCGUUAUCAAUUCUGACCUUGAUUACUUCGAGAAAGGAUCCAGACGUUUCGCUGAAUAAUGAGAAAAUGUCAUUGUUGGUUUUGGGAAUAGCGAGUGGAUCGACCACUUGGUUUGAUUUGAGGCAAACUAGUGUUUGGGAUCGGUCAUUUUACAAGGAGAGACGUGGCGUUUUCAAUUUGUUGGUCGCUCUGAUGAAUGCUGUCGCUUAUCUUCGUUCUGUAAAGAAAAGCCGCAGCUUAUUUUAG